CAAAUGGGUCUUAGUGAUUACUCUAACGAUGCUCAUUAAGAGGACACUCCAGUUUACAAACCAAACCUUGACCUUCAAUUUUACCGGCUUACCAGAGACAACCACAGAAGUACAUAAUAAAGAGAAUGUUUCUGAUACUGUCUGGUUUAAGUUCCCAGAUGAUACUACUCAGGAACCAGAUAUCAUCCCUCAAGGAUUGCACUUCAUUGAUAACGAAUAUCUUAAAAUAAACCAGACCUUUCCAUUUCAGUUCCAAACUCAUCUUUCCCUGGAGAUGUGGAUCUUCGUAACUGAAUUUAACCAUUCUUCAUACAUCGCUAUAAAUGCUCAAAGGGUUGAUCCAGACGGAAGCAAGCCUAACUACACCAUCAAAAUAGGUUUCUCCCAAAGUAAGUCUUCUCCCGUUCCCCACCUCUAACCCGCUUUCCAGCAACUGACAAGUUCUACCUAUAA